AUGGCUUCCACCAGCAAUACUCAAACUGACCCAUCAAUUAAUCCUUCCUCUUCUUUGUCUAAAUCCCAAAGGAAAUACGAAGUUUUCCUCAGUUUCAGAGGUGAAGACACCCGCAAUAGUUUUACCGACCAUCUAUAUUACGCUUUGGUUGAUAAAGGGAUCGAGACCUUUAGGGACGAUGAGGAACUUGAGAUGGGAAGACCCAUUAAACCGGAACUCUUGGAUGCAAUCGAGACAUCGAGAAUGGCGGUCAUCAUUUUGUCAAGGAACUAUGCAUCUUCCACUUGGUGCUUGGAAGAACUUGCAAAGAUUCUUGAAUGCAAGGAAAAACAAGGGAUGAGAGUUUUGCCCGUUUUCUACCACGUGGAUCCUAGUGAUGUGCGGCAACAGAGGGGAACUUUUGGAGAUGCUUUUGAUAAACAUGAGGAACGUUUCAAGGAGAAUAUAGAGAUGGUGGAAAGGUGGAGAGGUGCUUUGAGGGAAGUGGCCGAUAUCUCUGGACGCCAUUUAAAGGAUGGGUAUGAGUCAAAGUUUAUUAAAGAAAUUGUUGAAAACAUUCAUGAAUUGAAUGAUACAACCUUAAGUGUUAGUCAUAAGAAUGGCCUUGUUGGAAUUGACUCUCGUGUUCAAGAAAUUAUGGAUUUGUAUUUAGAUAUGGCGUCGAAGGAUGAUGUUCGCUUUAUAGGGAUAUGUGGGAUGAGUGGAAUCGGCAAGACAACUCUGGCAGAAGUUGUUUUUGAAAGUAUCCAUCUUCAAUUUGAAGCUAGUAGCUUUCUCAGAGAUGUCAAAAUACGUAAUUUAAGUGAUUCACAAGAUCAACUCCUUGGAGAUAUGAAGUUGAACAUGAAAAUUCCAAGAUGGGAUGUGCUUAAGGGAAUAAGUAGUAGACUGCGUAACAAAAGGGUUAUUAUUGUUAUUGAUGAUGCAGAUGAAGAAAAGUUGAAAACAUUAGCAGGGGACCCUGAUUGGUUUGGCCGAGGCAGUAGAAUCAUCAUAACUAGUGAAGAUAAGCGUUUGUUGCGAAAGAGAUGUGGAAAGAAAAAUAUAUACAACGCUAAAAAACUGAAUGCUUCUGAUGCUCUGGAGCUCUUUAGUCGAGAAGCCUUGGACAAAUCCCAUUGUGAAAAAGAUUUAUUGGAUAUAUGCAAUGGUUUUGUAAGUUAUGUUGACGGCCAUCCUCUAGCUCUUAAAACUUUGGGUUCCUCCAUGCAUGAUAUAACAGAUAUAGGUACAUGGAAAGCUGAGCUGGAAAGACUAAAAGAAAGUGCUGAACUUCCUAAUGACGACAGAAUUCAAACAGCCCUUAGACUCAGUUACCAAGGACUGAGAACUGCAGAGAAAAAACUAUUUUUAGAUGUUGCGUGUUUUUUCAAUGGGGAAGACAAAGAUCGAAUAGCAGAUAUACUAGAAGGUUCUCCUGGUUGCAUCCUAGAAACGGAUAUAAAGGCAGUUAUUGACAAAUCUCUCAUUACUAUUUUAGGAGGAAAAUUGCGGAUGCAUAAUUUACUACAACAACUGGGUUGGGAAAUUGUUCGUGAAGAAUCCCUACAAGAGCCUGGAGGACGUAGUAGGUUAUGGCGUUGGAAGGAUGUCCAUCAUGUACUAAAGAAGAAUACCGGAACUACAGCGGUUGAAGGCAUAAUGCUAAACACACCUCCACAAAAAGAAGAACGUCUAAAUGCUGAAGCCUUCUCAAAGAUGGAAAACCUAAAAUUUCUUCAAAUUCGUAAUGUGCAACUUCCUCAAGGCCUCAGUUAUCUUUCCAACAAGUUACGUUUGAUGGAAUGGCAUGAAUAUCCUUUGAAGUCAAUGCCAAGGAGUUUUCAACCAAACAAACUUGUUGAACUCAUUAUGCCUCGCAGCCACAUUAAGGAACUACCCAAGGGAUUUAGUAACUUAGGCAGGCUAAAAGUCAUCGACCUUAGGGAGUCGCAAAACUUAAUGAAGACUCCUGACUUCACUGGACUUCCAAAUCUUGAAAGGGUGAUUUUUCGAGGUUGCACAAGAUUGUAUGAAGUUCAUCCAUCUAUUGGAGUUCACAAACGGCUUACUAUAUUAAAUCUACAAGAUUGCAAAUAUCUGAAUAGCCUUCCACCGGAAAUCAACUUGGAAUCUCUUAAAAUUUUGAUCUUAUCUGGCUGUUCAAGACUCAAAAAGUUUCCAGAGAUUGGGCGAAAUAUGACACGUUUGUCGUGGCUUUUUUUGGACGGGAGUGGCAUAGAGGAACUGCCAUUAUCAAUUGAGCAUCUAACUGGCCUGACUAUCUUAAAUCUUCAAGACUGCAACAACUUUUCGAGUUUUCCGAGUGUCAUUUGUAGUUUGACAUGUCUUGAAAUUCUCAGUCUAUCUGGAUUCAAGGUUCAACCACAUAAAUCAUGGCAUUCCUUGGACCUCUCACCCACUUUAUCUUUAUGCACAUAUUGUUUCUUUAUUGCUCAACAUCCUGAACCAGAGCCCAAAUUGUAGUUGCCCAAGUCCUUGUCAGGUUUAGGCUCAUUAGUAUCUCUAGAUCUAAGUGACUGCAAUUUGGAGGACGGGGCUCUCCCUGAUGAUCUUAGUUGCUUAUCUUCACUGAAAUAUCUAGAUUUGAGCAAAAACCAGUUUACAUGCCUGCCUCACAGCGUUUCUCAGCUUUCUAAGAUUAAAUUCCUUUACUUGGACAAUUGUAGCAGGCUUGAAUCGUUGACAAAUAUUCCUUUAAGUACAAAAUC